CUCACUCGUCAAAAGCAUUUCUCUUGUCUUUCGUCUCUCAUUUUUCUCUUCUUGCAGCCAGCCUUUUUCAGGAUAUCGGUCACACCGGCGACACUCCAACAGCCCAAGAUGUUGAACAUAUGGUCUAUGAAAAAAAAGCAAAAAGAGGCUGAGAAUGCCGAGGGCCAGGCCGCUGGGGGCAAGAGGAAGAAGGUGACGGCGGCGCAGCUACGAGUGCAGAAAGAUUUAUCAGAACUAUCACUCGGUGCCACGAUGAGAACGGAUUUCCCGGACCCUGACAACAUUCUGAACUUUAUCCUAAGUAUCGAGCCGGACGAGGGCAUGUACCGAGGGGCCAGGUUCACUUUCGAUUUUGCCAUCAACCAGAACUUCCCUCACGAGCCUCCAAAAGUGCGAUGCAUGGAAAAGAUUUACCAUCCUAAUAUCGACCUGGAAGGCAAGGUGUGCUUGAACAUUCUGCGGGAGGACUGGAAACCAGUACUGAACCUAAAUGCUGUCAUUGUGGGGCUGCAGUUCUUGUUCUUAGAACCCAACGCUUCGGAUCCGUUGAACAAGGAGGCUGCUGAUGACCUGCGAAGCAACCGAGAAGGCUUCAAGAGAAACGUACGAACGGCCAUGAGCGGAGGAACUAUUAAGGGUACUACAUAUGACCGGGUACUGAAAUAGACUUGAAGAAGCGUAUAAGAAGAGGAAAGGGGGGGGGGGGGGGUUUCGUGAACAAGAGGGCGGGCGAGACGGGCGAGACGGCAACACGAGGACCACCCGACAUACUAUAUAAAGGACAUGUAUCGUCCGAUAUCCAGCACAUAUCUUUUUUUCCCUACAUUGGAGAGAUUGUGCUUCCCAUAUGGAACCUUAGCUCCCGCUGGUGUGUGUGCCAAUGAGAAGAUGCUGCUCGGAUGUUUUCUCUCUUGGCGAGACCUAGCUUGCUAUGAGAGUUCAACUUAUCUAUAUACUACCUACCUUUCAUUACACAUAGCAUAGAAAUAUAUGGCGUUUGUUGCGUAA